AUGGAGUUACUUGUGAUGCAAAACAUGCACAAAGAUGGGGAUAGGCCUUCGGAUGCACUGACUCCUAAGUUUGAUGAUAGGCCAGAUAACAAUUCAGAAACAGAAGAAGAUGAAUAUUAUGACACGUAUGAUUCAUUUGCCUCGAGAAAAGUUGCUGAAAUAGAACGUAUUCUUCAUACGUUCGAUUUAACUACGAAACUUGAGACAAAAAUAAAGAUUUCAGAUGUGAUUCAGAUGGACUCUUCCAUUCAUGAGAGCAAAACGCAUUCAACUAAAGAUUUACCUUAUGUUUUCCUCAAAAGGCUUUUAUCAGGGAACAGCGACGCAAUGGAUUACAGAUCUUACCAGAUGGUGAAAAAAGUGAAUGCUAAAUUACAAGGGUCUGUGCUAGCCAUGUAUCGAUCUCGUGACUCGGAUAGCAUAAGUCCACAUGACUUAUUUUCGUUAGUUUAUCAAUGUUGCGAUCCAUUCCUGAAACAACUUCUCUUUCAAAAACUUUAUCUUUGUAAAAUAGCUUUUCCAUUCCUUCAUAAAGAAUACCCCUCAUCAAAGUCCAGAUUAGCUCUAUGGCCGCUCCGUUCGCUUGUUAUUGAGACUAUACAGGAAAAUAGCAGUAGUGUAAAUAAGAUAGGAGAGAUUGAGUUUUUACAGUGCCCAAUCAAUGUCGUUUCAUUUGCUCGGUUCGGAAGACCAAGCUUUUCAAAAUCUAAACUGUUAAAUGGUAUUUUGUGCGAAAAUGGGUGCGUCACAUUUUUUCAUAAAGAUCGUCCAUUAGGUACGAGUAACAGAUAUUCCACAGAAGGUAACGUUGAGAUGUUUUAUUUGCCCGUCGUAAGUGGCUCUGACAGUGUUUUCAAUCAACCAAUAAUGUUUUUGAAUUUGAGAGGGGAUUUGAGACACGACUUUAAUGAAAAUGUUUCUAAAUUUAUCUCAACUGUAUCAGAUAUAAUGGUAAUAGUUGUGGACUCGCACACAUGUGAUAUUAAUAUCCCAUUGCUAGAGAAAACAAUUGCUCAGUUUGCAUCAGUUUUGUUGAUCUUUAGCGGUCCGCUAGGUCCAGAAAAUGGCAAAAUAUUUCGGACAUUGAGACGUUUGGAACGUUUGGUUCUUGAUUCUCACAAAAGUACAGCUCUACAGAUUAUUUCUACACAUUCUGAAGUCGAUGAAAAGAAUAAUGUUGACAUCAUAGCGGAAACCAGAGACACAAUAUCCGAAUCGCUUCUUGGUGAUUUGAUUUCUAAUGCAUCUUUAGAGGAAAGAUUGAGGAAAACUUCAAUAGAAACUGACGAAACUGACAUCUCCAAUGAAGCAUUUAAGUCGGCAUCUUCCAUCAUAGAAUCAAUGGAACACGUAGCUCAACCAGAAAAAUGGACUGAACUAGUGACACCUAUUCAAAGUACGAAAUCUAAAGAACUUGGUGUUCUUCUGAAAAAAAUGUAUAGAAGCAGUGAUCUUACUUUACUUGACGAUAUCAGAACCAAAAUAUCCGAAGCAAGAAAUCUAAACCAAGCUCAGAUAACUUAUCCGGUUAAAUUGUUUAGUAACUGUCUCAUCAAACAUGAAAAUGAUUAUUUAUUUCUUCAAUAUUUUUUAAGUUGGAUGAAGAUACUUCUUGACCGCAAAAGGAGAACCCGUAUACAAAUGGAAAGCAAGCCCUCAAUGCGAAGCGUAGGGUUUGAGUCAGACAUUUCAGACUGUUCGGAGAAAGUUGACAAUUCUUAUUUGGAGACAGGUCAUCUUUUUAGAGAAAUUGGUCAUAUAUGUGAUUCUGUUAUCUGCUCUAACAGAAGCAACAAAGAUAUAGACUUUCCUCCAAUUCAAAAUCUUGCAAAUGUUAUUGCAAAUCUUGUAACAUACGGAAAUGCUUUAGAACUGCUUGACGGUAACAGUUUCUAUAUGCCGACUGAAUGGAUUAAGUUAGUUCUAGACCUGUUACAUGAAUUAGUUGGUAAGAAAACUGUUUUAACUCUUUCCGUUUUAGGCAUACAAAGUUCUGGAAAAUCAACGUUACUUAAUACUAUGUUUGGUUUACAAUUUCCAACAAGUUCCGGAAGAUGCACUAGAGGCAUACAUAUGCAGCUAUUACCCGUUUCUCGCCAGAAAAUCAACGUUUUGAAAAAACCUUUUGAAUAUGUUCUAGUUAUUGAUACCGAGGGUGUAAGAGCACCAGAACUUUUCGACACUGAUGAAACUUGUUACGGACGAGACAAUGAACUUUCGACUAUUAUAACAGGGUUAGGGGAUAUAACAAUGCUAAAUAUUAUGGGUGAAAGUUCCAGUGAAAUGCGCGAUAUAUUACAAAUUCUGGCACAUGCUUUUCUCAGACUAAAGUUAGCAAACAACAGAUUAGAUAUUCGAAAAAGCUGCUUUUUCAUACAUCAAAACGUUUCUGAUAUGAGGGCGUCUGAACGAAUGGAGCACGGCUUGAUUCAGUCAGUAAAAUACCUAGAUAAUGCUACACAAGAGGCUGCUGAAUUUGAAGGUAUUUCGGACAUCACUACGUUCAGCCAAAUCAUUGAAUUUGAUCCGGAGUCGCAUGUCUGGUACCUACCUAAUUUUUGGCAAGGUUAUCCGCCCAUGGCAGGUGCUAAUCAAAAGUACUGCAACAAGGUUGUAGAGUUAAAUAAGCACCUGGUUCGAAAAUCGAUAAACGAACAGGAUAAAUCAUUUAAAACACUGAAAGAUACGUUUAUACAUAUAAAUGACCUGUGGAAAGGUGUUCUUGCAGAGAACUUUGUUUUUUCUUUUCGCAAUAGUAUUGAAAAGAAAGCUUAUAUAGAGUUAGAAAUAAAAGUGAAAGACGAACUUUGGGCUUUAGAAUGUUCGUUCUGCGAUACAAUAUUUCAGACGGCUCAUAACAGGUUUUCUGAAUGCAACGAUAAUGCCAGUUUGCGAAACGCCAAAGAAGAAGUGAUAGAGGUAAUGAAGUGUAUCGUAUCAACAAAAAAAAUGAAGACAGAGGAAAAUGUGGAGAAAUUCCUCAGCGAAAACAAUUACAAAGAUACAACUAUUAAGUGGAAGGAAGCUUCACUUAACCGCAUAAAAGUGUCGUGUCAAGAAAUGAUCGACAACAGAAAGACGGAAAUUGAUCGAUUAUCAAACAACCGAGAAGUUGAUAUCAUGAUUAGCAUUAUGUGUACGAAACAUGACGAAGAACUUCGAAGGAAAUCUCUCGAACUUGCAAAAGAGCUAGGGCCAUUAGGAAAGAGUCUUAAUGAGGUAGAGGCAAAUAAAAGGUUUGAGAAAAUUUGGAAGAAAUUUGUUGACGAGUCAAUAAGCACAGAUACCUCCAUUAGUUCCGAGUCAGCCGAUUUUAUGAAAAAAUGCUUUUUAGACUGUCUAACUGAAAAAUACGAAAGUCAUGGAGCAUCAUUGCUAAAUAAUAUUCUUCGAGAAUACAAUUAUUUGGAUAAAAGACUUGAGAUUCAAACAUUGCAUGGGUCAUUUGAAAAAACAGAAAUUAAUGAAAAUCACAUUAGUUUAGUUUCUCAAUUUAAAGUGCUUGGUUUAAAAAUCUGUAAAAAAUCCAAAACUUUAGGCCUCAAAGCAGCACGCGAAGAUAUAGAAAAUAUCUUUUCGAUUAUUGAUCUUAAGGUAAAACAGAUUUGCCAAAAAAAUAGAGAGAUAACAAAUUUGGACAUAAAACAAUUUCUAAAUGAAGUUGACAAUUUGAUAAGAAAUAUUCAGACAAAAAAUGCCAAGUUCACUUUGAAAAUAACAUGUAUAUUACGAAUUGUCGUUUAUGUGAGUUGCUAUUCCUAUCAUCGGUUUAAAAAUGAAAAUACUGCACAUCAGCAGUCACAAGGUAUAAGCGUUCGCUUAGAAAUGUACAAGAAACAAGUACAUGAACGCUUUUUAGCAUACUUGAUGCAGCGUAAAACUGAGGAUAUUGCUGCAAAAAUGAUGCGUACUGCAAUUGAGGAAUCUGUUCGUAUGUCAGUGAAAGAUGUUAUGUCAAUAAGGGUAAAAAGUGAGUUGAAGAAUCACUUACCAAGACUGAAAUAUAAUCUCUUACUUGAAAUGACGACAAGUCUAGUUCAGGAGAAAUCUUUACAGUCUUUUAUGCGUUACAUACUGAGACCAAAAGAAUAUGCUCACACUUGGGUCUCCCAAAUGGCGGAUCAUAUAUUAUUUUCUAAGACUUCAAGAAAGUAUGAAACAGUAGCAAGUCUGGAAAUUUCUAAAUUCCUCAGCGAUAUUAAUACAAGCCUCUUAAAGAGUACCAAAGACUUUUCAGAGGAUACACCGUCGAUCGAAAAAUGGCUUCAACAAUUUAUAUCUCUUCUUUCAAUAUUUAAGAUUCCCAAAGAAUAUUUUAAUAACGUAGAAAUAGAAUUGAAACGAAUAGAAGGUUUGAACAUAUCAGAAUUUAGAGAUAAGAUUAUUGAAGAAUUACAAGACUCGGAAAAUACAAUUAUUGAGGAGUUCAAAAAGACAUCUGAAAACACAGUUAAAUGGAGCAGUUUUAACCCAGUCGAGGAAAUAUGUACGGAAAUAUGGGGUUGUCCCGAACAAUGCUUAUUUUGUGGCGAACCUUGCAUUAAAGGAUAUAAACAUAAUAAAAAAAUCAGCCACAUUUGUUUACAACAUAGACCGUUGGGAUGUUGUGGUUUGUUUAACGAAGAAAAUGGAAUGAUAUUAUUAGAAUCAUGCAACCUCAAUGUAAUGGGAAAUGCCAAAAUACCUUGCUCCGUAAUAGACUUUAAAUGCAAUCCACAAGAAAGGGAACCUUGCAGCAAAAAAUGGCAUCAAUUUAAAGAGUAUAAAACCUUUGCUCCUGGUUGGGAUAUUGAGCCUACGAGCAAUAUGGACGACAGGGCGAAGUUUUGGAUGUGGUUUGUAUGUGAGUAUGCUGAAGAUAUUAGCAAAUAUCACUCUGUGAAUGUUACGAAUGUACCAAAGUCAUGGAAAAAUAUUUCUCAAGAGGAAGCACUGCUUAGCUUGAGGACAUUAUAUCUUAGGCGCUUUACAGAUAAAGGCAGCCACUCAAAGUGCAAAAUUCAUCCUGUACUAGUACAAACACAGAGCAAUCUGACUAGACAGAAAGAGCAAGGGGAAAAAGGCAGAACAGAGAAAAAGAGAAAUCCUACUGAAGCUAUGGCGGGAAGUUUAACAAAUAAAGACAAAGAUCGAUUAGAGAAGUGGAUAGGAACAGGCCCCAAAUCAUUUGUGAUUCACAAUGAUCCGAACUUAUGUCCUACAUUUGGUCACUCAUACAACCUCAAAACAUUUUCCAAAACAAUAGUUACAUUGUUUCUCAUUUCCCUCAAGAUGGAGGUCACAGCAAUCUUGGAACCUGUUACGAGAUGCAAUGCUUGA